ACAACGGCCAUUAUCUGGUGGUGCCAUCUAAUGGCUGCUGCCUCCGCCAUGGUUGUACCUUCCUCUGAGAUGCCAUCUGAGGAACAGUUGAUCACCCAGGAGCCCAAAGAGGCCAACUCCACAACGGCCCAGAAGAAGAGCAAGCAGAGGAAGCGAGGGCCCCGUGGGCCCCGCAGAUGCCAUGCCAACUGUCGCGGGGACAGCUUCGCCACCUAUUUCCGCCGGGUACUGAAGCAGGUUCACCAGGGCUUCAGCCUUUCCCAGGAGUCCGUGAGUGUCAUGGAUUCUAUGUUUCAUGACAUACUGGACCGCAUCGCCACCGAGGCUGGUUGUCUCACCCGUUAUGCCAAGCGUGUGACCAUCACCUCCCGGGACAUCCAGAUGGCCCUGCGCCUGCUGCUACCAGGGAAGAUGGGCAAGCUCGCUGAGUCUCGGGGCGCGAAUGCCACCCUCAGAACUUCGUUAUGUGCGAUAUGGCAACAGAGAAAGUGA